AUGGAUUCACUGGAAACUGAUUGUGCUUCAAAAAUUUUCCUUCGCACUACAGCCGCUUUGCGAAAAAACCCUUCUAAACUACUGAGAGAUCCAUUUUACAGAGAAAACGAAAGAGUCCAAUGCUUCUCAGCUGGUCUCGCCGAAGGUCAUCGAACAAUUCCGGCCGGUAUUCCCAUCACAAGCGCUGAGCAUAUCGGAAGAGUUUACGCAAUCAGAGAAAAGAAACAUUACCUCAUCGGAGUGACCGGUCGUGACGAGGAGGACCAGCUAUCACCACAGCUGUUCGUCAUGGAUAUGGCCAACGGGAAAGCCAAUACUUUCAUUAAGGGAAUCGAGAACGCGCAUUCGUUGGCGAUUUCGGACGAGGGAACAGUGUUCAUCUCUCAGAUGCAUCCGAACCAGAUCAUCCAGAUCUCGCUUCCUGAUCAAGCCUGA